GGGCGGCGAAGCGGGCAAUUUCAGUGUGAGACUGAGCGGCGAGACGGAGCGGCGGCUCCGAGCGCGGCGCGGCGGCUCCUCCCGCCCGGGGUCAGCGCCCCGGCGCGCGCACGCGCACCCCCGCCGCCCGAACGCGCCCCGCGCCGCCCGCGCAGUCCGUCGGUCGACCGUCCGUCGUCUUGUCGCCGCCGCCGUCGCCGCCGCGGGCGCCACCUGAGGGAGCUGCCGCACGGGACCUGAGCCGACCGGACCCGACCCUGCCACCCGAGGCCCCCCGGGACCCCAGCAGUCGCCCGCAGAGGCGCCGAGCAACUUCGGUUGGCCAGUACAUUGACAGAAGUUGCCUUUUGACAUAGCUCCCACAAUGGCCGGCUGGUAGGACCACCUUCCCAUGCCCAGAAGCCAGUUCAGAAUGACUGAAGAAGCAUGCCGAACACGGAGUCAGAAACGAGCGCUUGAACGAGACCCAGCAGAGGAUGAUGUGGAGAGCAAGAAAAUAAAAAUGGAGAGAGGAGUGUUGCCUUCAGAUUUAAAUGCUGACGGAGACAUGAGAGUGACACCUGAGCCAGGAGCAGCCCCAGCCCAAGGAUUGCUGAGGGGGACAGAGGCAGUGGCCGUGGGCAGAGGCGAAGGGCAGGUGGCUGAUGGACCCGUGGACAUGCGAACCUCGAACAGUGAAAUGAAGUCUGAGAGGAGAGCCCCUUCCCCCGACGUAAUUGUGCUCUCUGACAACGAGCAGCCUGCAAGCCCCAGGGUGAAUGGGCUGACCAAGGAGGCCUUGAAGGAGACCAGCACCGAGGCCCUCAUGAAGAGCAGUCCUGAAGAACGAGAAAGGAUGAUUAAGCAACUGAAAGAAGAGUUAAGACUAGAAGAAGCAAAACUCGUUUUAUUGAAAAAGUUGCGGCAGAGUCAAAUACAAAAGGAAACCACCACGCAAAAGCCUGCAGGCUCCACUGGGAGCUCCGUGACCACCCCUCCCCCGCUUGUACGAGGCACCCAGAACAUUCCUUCCGGCAAGCCAUCUCUUCAGACCUCUUCAACUCGGAUGCCUGGCAGUGUCAUCCCACCACCCCUGGUCCGUGGUGGACAGCAGACAUCCUCCAAGUUAGGGCCACAGGCGAGCUCACAGGUCGUCAUGCCCCCACUCGUCAGGGGGGCCCAGCAAAUCCACAACAUCAGACAACAUUCCAGCACAGGGCCGCCGCCACUCCUUCUGGCUCCCCGGGCAUCUGUGCCCAGUGUGCAAAUUCAGGGGCAGAGGAUCAUCCAACAGGGCCUCAUCCGUGUCGCCAACGUCCCCAACACUAGUCUGCUCGUCAACAUCCCACAGCCCUCCCCAGCAUCGCUGAAAGGGACAACAGCCACCUCUGCUCAGGCCAACUCCACCCCCACCAGCGUGGCCUCUGUGGUCACCUCUGCUGAUUCUCCAGCCAGUCGACAGGCAGCCGCCAAGCUUGCACUGCGCAAACAGCUGGAGAAGACGCUGCUUGAAAUCCCCCCUCCCAAGCCCCCUGCCCCAGAGAUGAACUUCCUGCCUAGCGCUGCCAACAACGAAUUCAUUUACCUGGUCGGCCUGGAGGAGGUCGUGCAGAACCUACUGGAGACGCAAGCGGGCAGGAUGUCAGCUGCUGUUGUGCUGUCCCGGGAGCCCUACAUGUGUGCACAGUGCAAGACGGACUUCACGUGCCGCUGGCGGGAGGAAAAGGGUGGCGCCAUCAUGUGUGAGAACUGCAUGGCAUCCAACCAGAAAAAGGCACUAAAGGUGGAGCACACCAGCCGCCUGAAGGCUGCCUUCGUGAAGGCGCUGCAGCAGGAGCAAGAGAUUGAGCAGCGCCUCCUACAGCAGGGCGCUGCCCCUACGCAGGCCAAGGCGGAGCCUGCUGCCGCCCCACACCCCGCACUGAAGCAGGUCAUAAAACCGCGGCGUAAGUUGGCGUUCCGCUCAGGAGAGGCCCGCGACUGGAGUAACGGGGCUGUGCUACAGGCCUCCAGCCAGCUGUCCCGGGGCUCCGCCACAACACCCCGAGGCAUCCUGCACACGUUCAGCCAGUCACCCAAACUGCAGAAUGCAGCCUCGGCCACAGCCCUUGUCAGCAGGACCGGCAGACAUUCCGAAAGAGCUGUGAGUGCCGGCAAGGGCAACGCCACCUCCAACUGGAAGAAGGCACCCCUGAGUACAGGUGGGGCCCUUGCAUUUGUCAGCCCGAGCUUGGCAGUGCACAAGACCUCCUCAGCUGUGGACCGCCAGCGGGAGUACCUCCUGGACAUGAUCCCGCCACGCUCCAUCCCCCAGUCGGCCACAUGGAAAUAGUGCGAGCCAGGCCCAGUGGAGAACAGGCUCCCUCCUCCCUCCCACCUGGCCCCACCCACCCUCUACUUGGGAAGACACCCUGCUCCCCGAGAGGGCCAGCAAGCGCAGGCCGUGCUUCGGAAGUGAGAGCUCCGAUCUUGGCUGCAAAGUCUUCUCGUGGCUGGAGGGGCCACUUCAUAGGUGGACCAGGAUUAUUACUGGGGGACCUUUCCCAUGGGCUUUCUUCCUUUCUUUGCCUUUAGUUUGCCCAACACCAGCAGAAAAGUGGACCUCAGGGGCUGGUUCUGCUCCUGGCCCUCCCCUUCGGCCCCCUUCAGGAUACACGGACGGCUCACCCUAGACACUGUGACAUGCUCGGGCAAUGGCGCCCGGGGCUUCUGAAGUUGAGUGGAGCAUUCUGUUUUGUUUUUGCUUUUCCCCGUCUUAGUCUCCUGAUCUUUGACUGCCUUCCUUCAUGGCACUCUCUAGGUUGACAAUUUUUUUUUAAUCACCUCACGAUGAUGGAGUUUAAUGUAAACCGUGCAGACCCAGGGUUGCCUGCCAAGCACGGCCCCAAUGCCCAGAAGAGUGGGCUGCUGACCACCCAGCCCUUGCUCAAGCAGAAGGCCUCUGCUGCUGCUUAUCCCGGAGACCCCCAACUUUCCACAGUUAGCAGAAGAACAAACUACAACCCAGACCCAGCCAGAGAGCCCAGGAUCCCGAAAAGCCGAGCAUCACCAUUGGAGAAGGGAGGAGAGAAUCAGCAGCGACAUCCAGAGCCUGAGCGGGAAGUUGGAAGGGCUGGCUGUUGUGUUUUUUUGUUGUUGUGGUGGUGUAUUUUAUUAAAUUUUUUCCUUUUCUUUUCCUACUUAUGUUGAUGGACAACAUAUUAAGCCCUGACCUGUGCUCAUCAGGUGUGUCAGGGUAGAGAGGCACCCCUGCACCCCCCAGACUACAGGAUUUAUGUUUGGGUCUAGCUUAGAACCUUCCCUUAAAGCAGGGCUACGCUGCCAGGGGUUUGCCUUUUUAAAAAGAAUAUUCUCUAGAAUCUGCAGUCUUAUUACAAAGGAUCAGGUCUGCUCUUAGUUGUGUUGUGUUUUGGUUUCUCCCAUCUUUAAAAAUUCGUCCAUGAGGAAAGGCAGAAGCUGUUGUGUGUGUGCUGCACUUGAGCCCAUUCUGUGCAGAUGUGAGGGUGUCACGUGUAUGCACACACGGUUGUGGAGAUGGGGUAUACUGCUCCCCACUUCAGCCCCAGCCCUGGUUUUCCUGUCUGUGCAGUUAGGAACUUAAUUUAAAAUCCUUAUUUUGUAGGGCCACCUUUGAAUACACUGCUGCAACAUUCUAAUAAAGGCUCAUUUAACCCCCCCUCUCAUGUUGUGUGAAUAUCAGUGUUUAGAAGACAUUUUUGACAUACAGUAGAAGACCUGAUUUUGCAAAGUGUUCUAAUUUUUUGUUGUGUAAAACCCUAAAUUUCUCAUUGAUUUUUGUUUUGAGUGCAUAAUGUAGGUGGGCUGAAGGAGGGGAGGGCAGGAGAAGGGUGGCUUUCAUUCCAAGAUCCAGGGAUUUGGGGGAAAAGGAAAAAUUGACCUUUGGGGGAGGGGGGAGAAGGGUGUGUUUUUACACCAAAAAUCAAGAGUAUGCAAGCAUUUCUAUUCCUCAAAUUUUUCUGUGUGCCUGGCAAAUAAAUACCUGUCUUAUACUACACUGAGCUGUUAGCGCUCUCUGUUUAAUGACAUGGGCCAAAUUUUCCAAAUCCUCCAAGAAGGAGUGCCUGGCUGGUCUCCCCUGGCAAACUGACCUCAGUUCUAUGCAGUAACUCUGGAUCAGGUGUCUGGGUCAAGGUCACCGCUGCACUAGGGGGUACACCAUGGUUAUUGCAUCCCUUCAGGGGCUGACUAGGUCCAUGACUCCAGGGCCCUGAACGAAGCCACUCAUGUUGGCCCCCACCCCUGUCCUCAUCAGAACCUCAGCCUCCACCAUGCUCAGGAACCAUCUUCUCACCUCACCUGGCCAGACUUCUCUCUUUGGGCUGUUGAAUGGGCCUUGUGAGUUCAGUACAAACUGAUCACCGCAGGCAGAGGACGGGAUGGCUGGACCUGACCCUGUCUCUGCCUCUAGCCAAGCAUUUACAAUUUGUGGGGACAUUCCCAUAGGAAGGACUCACGUGAUGUAAAUGUAACUUUUUUAAAUGGGGUCAAGAAGAUGAGAUGCCUUAAUCUUUACUAGUUCAUUUCUAUUGUCUCAAAACUUCUAUCUCCUCCCCUUUCUUUUUCUCCUUUAGUUUCCCCUUUCAGUGUAACUUCUAUGAUAAGCCUCAAGUGAGUGGUUUGUGAUGAAACUUACGAAGAAAAGGCAUUAAAUACCUCUCUGAGUUUGGGGAGGAUAUCAAUGUUAAAGGUAUUCUCCCAGCCCAAAAGCCAAGCCCUCAGAACUGGGAGUGUAGGCUGAGAGGAGAACCAGAGAUUAUGGGAGCCCCCAGUCUCAAAUGAUGAUUGUAAUUGCCCCAUCUGUGACAGGAACCCCUGACACCAACUGGAAAAUAGUCAAAACAUCAGCUGUUAUGUGGGCUGGGGUGUGGGGUUCAUCAAGUUCACUUCUUCCCCUUUGGAAGUGGCUGCAUAUGUGUGGAACCACUUGUACACAUGGAUGCUCACAGAUAAACUUGUGUCCACUUGGAGCUGCCUCUGGCUCUGGCCAUCCUGACCAUGUCAUGAGGAUUCCAGUCCUCAGUGUCCCACAUGUACUGUGGGGAUCCACACCUUUGACAAGGUCAAGAGUGGCUUUUCUCCAGGAGGCAGGGGGUGGGGGGUGCGACUCUGGUGCUGUCUGUACUCUGAGGCCUUCAUGAAGCAAAAGCUCACUCCAGUGCAGAGGGAAUGAAAGGUGACAGUAUACCCAUGCUGUGUCCCACAUGUCACUCUCCUGUGGACAGAGACACAGGAAGGAGUUUCUGUAUAAAUAAUUCUCAUCACGGGUGUAAAUAAUGAGAAAGACAGUCCUUGCUGCUCUACCAUAGGGUUUUUCUUUGAUGCCUAGUUAUGCUGCACAUGGCAUUUGCCUAAAGAACUUGGACUGAGCUUUUUAAAAAAGGACAGCUGAAGUUUUAUAAUCUUUAACAAAGAAAGUGUAAUAGACAGUUACACUAGUGUAGGGUAUUUGGGAGAUGGUUUGUUUUGGUGGGGGGAGGAGGUUGUCACUUGUAUUUAUUGUGACUCUAAGUCUUUGAUAAUAAAUGUUUGAAAAAAAAAAAAAAAAGGUGGCCACCAAACCGGAAUAGAAGUUCCAAUAAACAAAGAGGCUGGAAUCAAUGGUUAUACAUUGUGUCAUGAGGAAAUUUUAGAAUCUGAAGGACAAUAAAGAAAUGGAUGAUG